GCUUACAUCAUAAGCGAAAGCGCAUUUGUCUACUCACAGCAAACACAACGUUAUUUUCACACAGUCGGUUUCUUUGUUGUUAAGAUAUGUCUGGAAGAGGUAAAACCGGGGGGAAGGCCCGCGCCAAGGCCAAGUCUCGUUCAUCCAGAGCUGGACUUCAAUUUCCAGUCGGACGUGUACACAGAUUACUACGCAAGGGGAAUUACGCCGAGCGCGUAGGCGCGGGAGCUCCAGUUUAUUUGGCCGCGGUCCUGGAAUACCUGACGGCUGAGAUCCUCGAGCUGGCCGGAAACGCAGCCCGAGACAACAAGAAAACAAGGAUCAUCCCCCGUCACCUCCAACUCGCUGUCCGCAACGACGAGGAGCUCAACAAGCUUUUAGGCGGCGUAACCAUCGCACAGGGCGGAGUGCUGCCGAACAUCCAAGCGGUGUUACUCCCGAAGAAAACCGAGAAGCCUGCCAAGAGCAAGUAAUCUUUGCCCUGGACACGGACACAAAAACACGAGCUGCCAGUUUGAGUAACAUGUUCGGUUCUCUACUUCGCGUUUAUAUUUUGUUUCAUGAAGACAGCAGCUGCAUCUUGUAAACUAUUAUUUGUGGUGUCGAUUAUUGUUUUUGGACAAUUCCCUGUGAAUAAGGCAAACGCACAAAGGCGCGCUCCCUCGCACCACCGCUGGCUAAAAAUGGCCAUGGGACAUUCAUCAUGGUGGACCCUUGAUGAUCCUUAGUGAAAUACAAAAGAGAAACUCAAAUUUGAGGGAUGAAUGGAAAGUCAUUGUAUAUGGACCAAUGUUGGUUACAUUUUAUUUGUCACUGCUUUAAAUUACAUGCAAGUCAUGUCCUUUAUCUGCUUAAGUGGUUAUGUUAUGUUUAAUAAAAUGUAAAACGCCAGAACAAGGCACAAAA